AGAAUGGUUUGGGUUGGAAGGGAUCUUAAAGCUCAUCCAGUUCCAUCCCCCUGCCACGGGCAGGGACACCUUCCACUAGAGCAGCUUGCUCAAUGCCCCAUCCAACCAGUCUGCAAAUACCUAACGGAAGGGUAUGGGAUAGGAUGGAGCCAGACUGUUGCUGGGGCUGCACAUUCAUGGGACAGAAGAUAACAGCACAAGCAGUAGCUUAUCUUCAGCACUGAGCAUGGUCAGACAGUGAAACAAGGGCCCAGAGAGUCUGUGGGAUCUCCGUCCAUGGAGAUACUCAAAGGUAGAGUGCACAAAGCCCGAAGCAACCCUAUUUAGCCUUGAAGUAAGUCCUGCUUUGAGCUGCAGAUUGGACCAGACCCUUCCAUAGUCUCCUUCCAACCUCAAUUAUCCUUCUUUCAGAGAAAGCCCUGCUGCCCAGACCUGUUGGGUCACAUAGAAUCAACCAGGUUGGAAAAGACCUUAAAGAUCAUCAUCCCUGGCUGCAUGCCUUCAUUUUUGGGAUAACGAGCUGUGGUUGUCAGGCAGGUUGCCAGGGAGGCUGACAUCAGACAUCCCUUCCCUAUAGAUUAUCAUGCACGGUAGCACCAUCAGUUCCUAAUCUGCAAAGAGACACCCAGAGGAAGCCCUGGAGGGUGUUCUGCGUCACUGGCCCGGGUUGCUUAGCACCAGUGGACCAUGAAGAGGUGGCUUGGCAGCUUUUUCCCUCUGUGUGUCCUAUUGGAGAGCCAAACAUAGCAGCGGAGCAGCCGAGGUGAUGGCAGUGCAGGCAGGGAUGCUCGAGCUGCCCUUCAUCCGUGAUGACCAGCUCACCCGGUGCAUGCGGCUGCGAUUCCAGAGCCUGCAGCAGAAGAAUGGGAGGCCCCAGGAUGGUGAGAAGCUGCUGCAUCCCAACGAGCACAUCUACAGAGUGGAUUUCACCCGGCAGCACAACCUGCACUUCCUCCGCUGGGAUAUCCAUCUGGAAAGACCUGGGAAGGUCACUGUGACCGGCACUUCCCAGCACUGGACUCCUGAUCUCACCCACCUUAUGAACAGGCAGCUGCUGGAGCCGGUGGGUAUCUUCUGGAAGAAGCCAGGGGCUGAGGAUGUGCAAUGCAAUGAAGCAGAUGCCCAGGAGUUUGGGGAGCGGAUAGCGGAGUUAGCCCGCAUCCGUAAGGUGAUGUAUUUCCUCCUCGCUUUCACCGACGGCCUCGAACCAGCUCAGCUGAAGGGCUCCAUUGUUUUUAAAGCCUGAUCCCCUCCUGCUCUGCCCUUCCUCCUCCAGCUGUGCUUUUGUCUUUGUAUUCCUUUUAGUUUGGGUUUUAGUUCAUUUUUAUGUGGUUCUCUAUGAGGGAUGGCAUCACUGAAAAGCGAAGGACAGCACUUCUGGAGCCCCUCAGCCCUGUGAAACAUUCCCAUACGUGCUGUCCUUUAGAUGAUGGGGAGGAAGGGGCCAUGAGUUUGCUGCUGUAUUUGCCGUGUGUGUGUAAAUUCAGCAUGGAUUCUUCAGGUCUGACUGGUGCAGGGUCUUGCUGGCUUGGAAAUACGAGGCUGCUCUAAACCCUCCAACUGUGGUGACUGCACAGCAAAAGCCUGAUGGAAAAACAUGAAAUUGCCAUCCCAGGAACAGGAGAGAGCCUGGAGAGAGCCCUGGCUUCCAGUUUCCAUCCUACCUA